AUGGAUGAUGCUCAAGGGUACCAAGAAGGAGAUGACCACGACUUGGUGCUGCAGAAACAAGAAUGGAUCAAGUAUGCCUUCAUCCACCUUGCACCACCUGUUUGUAAUAAUCUCUUCAGUCUGGCAGGACUUGACUCAUAUAUCUUGCUGGUGGUUUGGCCAUACAGAACACAAGACAUGCUCAAGAGUAAACUUAUUCUUGAAGAUGAAUUUGCCUGGAGUUUACCUUCGGUGGGCUCAGGUUCAGAUGAACAUGAAAGUUGCAAACUGAAGUAUAUUGGUGGGACUGACAUUAGCUUCUUAAAGGAAGACCCAGCCACAGCAUGCGCCGCUGUGGUAGUCCUCAAUGCCGAUACUUUAGAAGUUGUCCAUGAAGAGUUCAAUGUUGUUCGACUGCAAGUGCCAUAUAUUCCUGGAUUUCUUGCAUUCAGAGAGGCUCCAAUUCUUCUUGGACUCUUGAAAAAGGUGAAGAUCAAUGCACCUCAUUUCUACCCUCAGUUGCUCAUGGUUGAUGGAAAUGGAUUAAUCCAUCCACGAGGUUUUGGCUUAGCUUGUCAUCUCGGCGUCCUUGCAGACGUUCCUACUAUUGGAGUUGGAAAAAAUCUACAUCAUGUAGAUGGCCUUAACCAAUCAGAAGUCAGAAGGCUGUUUGAAUCAAAAGAGAACUGCAACAAGGAACUCAUUUUGUUGACUGGACAGUCUGGGACAAAAUGGGGCAUGGCGCUGCGCUCCUGCCCUGGUUCAUCAAAGCCAAUCUAUGUCUCAGUUGGGCAUCGCAUUUCACUUGAUUCAGCCACGGAGAUAGUGAAGUCCUGUUGUAAAUACCGUGUUCCUGAGCCUACAAGGCAGGCGGAUAUAAGAUCAAAGGCCUUCCUGCAGAAGCUCCAAAAACCACGGCAAUGA